AUGAAAAACAUUUGUGUUAAAUUCUUUGAAAAAUAUAAUGAAGAUCAUACGUUAUUACGUAAGUUUCCACCUGUGCAAUACUUACUACGCCUAGACGUCAUGGACAUAAUAGAUUUUUCCCCUGAAUUAGGGGAUUUUUUAUUGCGAGAGCCGUUGAUGUGGCAAAAAUAUUGCACAGAAAUAUUCUACGCAUGUCUCAAGUCGUGCAUAGAUAACAGCGCUUUAUGUAAUCUUGUUGGAUUUUCGCAAGUUAUCAUAAAAAUAAGAUUAAGAUGUAUGCCGGCAUUUUUACUAAAUAACAAAGAGGCAACAUACAACAGUAUCGUUGCGUAUACUGGUCUUCUUAUAGAUGUUUCAAAACCGAGCGAUUACCUUUAUUACACAGUUUGGUCGUGUCCCGAGGAAUGCGAAGGCAACGAAAUAAUUUUGCAUCAUGUGACAAAAACACCGCCAAAAUGUUUCGUAUGCAGAAGUACUUUGUACGAAAAGAAGGGACUGAGAAAAUAUUGCGACCAAGUCACUGCCUUGUUUCAAGUGAAUCGAGAUAACGGGUUUUGUAAGAGGUUAAUAAUUCUAGACGAUCUGAUUCAUGAAUUAAAAUUAGGGGCCAUGUACAAUAUCCAUGUAGUCGUUUUGAAAAAAACUUCUUUUGUAUGGUCCGUCGAAGAAAUUGUUGAUUUACCACUUAUAUUAAUAUCCCCCGUCUGCCCAGAUAUAGAAGAAUUAUACUCCAAAUGCGAGGGUAUCCCUUGGAAAUUCAUCUACAGUCUGGCUAUCAGCAUAGGGUUGAAUAUUCGCCCUCUUAAUUCUUUUAUGAAUGUAAAAAUAAACCUACUUAUGAGUGUAGCUAGCGUCAAAGCUUUUAGAGUAAAUUCGUCUCCGAUAAUACACUUUCUAGCCUCGGGCCACGACACCGAAUAUGUAGGAAAGUUGAUGAUGCACGCUGCAAAAUUGGCCGAUAGGCACAUCGUUCUAGGGACGUCCACCACCUCAGCGACCACGGCAUUGCUAGCUGCAUCCUCUGGCGUUUGCGUCAUACCAUUACCGCUGCAAGCUUUGAGCCAAAAGGUCGUCCAUUCCGUAAUAACGGCAAUAGAAACGGGAGAAGUAUUGCAUGAUAUAAUAAGUAAUGCGAAGCUGAAGUGCGCAGUUUGGGCCCACGGCAUGGACCUCAAGAAAAUGAUGAUACACAACGUAAACAGCGUCUUUCAGAACAUUUGCCGGGGUGACUUCGGUGAACACGACGAUGAACUAUCGGCUUUCAUUCUCCAGCAGGCCAUUGAGCCCGUUCAAAUGUUCGAGGAUGAAGAUAUUUUGAGAAGCGUUGCGUUUUAUUUGGACACCGUUGCUGGAAUUAAAGUGGUCAUAGAUGUGGAGGCCGAAAUACUUUUGCGAGAUUAUUUUCUGGCCGCCCGGAAGGAGCGGCCGAAAUACGUCACGUCGGGUACUAUGAAGGCGUUGGUUAACGUCUGCGUGACAUCAGCCAGGAUCUGCAGACGAUCUGUGGCCAAUAUAAACGACGCCAUGUUUGCAAUAUGGCUGCACGCCAGCGGUAUUCCUGACCCUAGAUUCGUGCCGUCAGAGUACUUGGCCACUCCAGCUGAUCUCACGAGAUUACAAGAAGUUAUAGACCAAUUCCAAGAAUGGCUUGAACAGUUCACUGGAUCUUGCAUUCCUAACACGUACAUUUAAACGAUUUACGAUUUAUUUAAUUGCAUGAGUAUUACUUUGUUAUGUAACAAAUGAGUAAUUAAAUAAGAACAAAGGAAUACUGUAUUUUAUUUAUUUAUCUUACUUGUUA